AUGAACAAAGCAGAAGUAAUACAUGCUAGGUGGGCACACAGGGAUUCACCGAACCUAAGCCUUCUCGACGUCUGUCACGCGGAUGUCCGUGACACUCUAGUUUUGGAGAAACAACUAGAAUCCUACAAGGAAGGUAUCCCGGCACCAGGAAACGGAUCCUCCUUCGCUGAACGCAAGCGAAGGCAACAUGCCAGGCAGCUUCAAAAAGCCAAAAAAAUAGGAAAAGAAAUGUUUGAAGACAGUGAAAAUGGCCACGUGAUUGACCCUUCAUCUUCUUAUCAGCCACCAAGAAACAAGAAACGGAAAGGAAAACAAUCAGGAGAUAACCAAUCCAAAGGAAAGGUUACUGGGAAUUCCGGGCCAGUGGCGUAUGGAGACACGCCUAACAUGGCCCCGCCUAAUAUGCCGCUGUCUAAUGUGAGCCCACAAAAUGUGCCUUCGUGUUUCAUGUCUCCUCAGAAUGCGCUACCAUCUUUUUCGUCUACACCUAAUACAUUCCCAUCCAGUUUGCCCCUACAUAAUGCACCUGAAUCAAAUGUGCCUCAGGCUUAUGUGCCCCCAUCGAAUGUACCCCCGCCUAUCUCUGUUCCAUCAAACAAUAGUGGGCCGUACUGGCAACAAGCUUUCCAAAGUACGUUCCCUUGUUUUACCCACUGGCCAAGCUCACCCGCGGUCAAUGCUCCCCAAUCCCACCCUUACCCUCCAUCGAGUGCUAUACCUCACUAUGGCAACCAGUGGCAUUCCGGCUUGUCUCCUAAUCCAUAUGAGAUUGUUUUGCUACCCUCCAACGUUCAAAAAUGCUACGGUUGCAGAGCAGCAUUUGUCGAGAAGUCCAGGAGUGCUCCUUAUAACCUUUGCAUUAAACAUGUGGAUAAGAGGUUGAUAGGAAAGAAUGCUGAUGGGCGUUUGGUUUAUAGCACGGAUUUUACGAACACUUACUAUCACCCCAGCAUAUCUCACAUCAAGCGAAAAAAUUCUUUAUACACAGGUCAAGUUUACAUAGGAAGAGAACUUUACAACUCUCUGGAUGCCAGUCACCGCCAAGUAUUAGAUUUUUUUCAAUUUAAUGUAACAUUAAAAUAG